AUCAACCAUAGGUCUGCGUUAUGAGCAAAUGUCGUUUAGUAAUAUGUCUUGCCGUUUUGAGUUUGUUGAAUUAAGAGUUUAGUAGAAAGAUGUGGUUUAGUUGCAAUCCUGUUAUAUUUUCUGUUUCACUCUCGGAACAAUAUAACCCCUGCAGAGCAGAACCAAAAAAAAAAAAAAAAGAUGAAGCUUCCGUUUGUGUCCCGUGAUUAACCAGAAUAAUCUUGAUUCAUAAUAUAAAUGUAUAAUAUCAUGUAUGUGUUUUUGGAAUAAUGGCUGAAUAACAUUUUGUAAUACGUGAGUUGUUUUCCAUAUGUCAGGAGCCUGCAGGAGUUGUGGAUCUGACGUGGCAUAAUCUUAGCGGACUAAUGACUAAUCUCUUGCCUAAAUCAUUUGUUUAAUAUUUCACUCUGUGCUUCGAUUAGGCGGUCAACCCUCUACCUCUAUCCAAUUAUCCUCCAAAUUCAGCACUGCCCUUUUUCUUUUCUUCUACAAAAUUUGUUAUAAUCAUUCACUCUCAAUUUAUUCAAUAAGUCUUUGAUUUUUUUCCUUUAAUUUUGUGUCAGUAUUGGAAGCUCAAUUUCUUUAUCUCUUGAUCUUGAAUCUUUUCAAUUGAAAAGAAAUGGAUGACAUGAAAGACAAGUUCAAGGGUUUCAUGCAGAAAGUGAAUUCCCAAUUAUCAUCAUCAUCUUCUUCUGGUAAAUUUAAAGGUCAAGGUAGAGUCUUGGGUGAUGGUUCCUCUUCCUCUUCUUCUUCUUCAUCAGGACCCAUUAAUCAGAAUCCGAUCCAUGCCCCAUAUUCACAAUCCACACACCCAAAGCCAACUCCUAAUCCUUCAAUUUCCAAAUCUUUACCUCAACAAACACCCACUUCUGAUCAAAAUCAAGACAAAGCUAACUUAAUUCCAAAUCCAAAACCAGCAGAUGGAUUUAAUCCAUUUGACUCAUUAAUUACCACUGGAGAAAGAUCUCAAAAUGGGUAUUCUUUAAAUGUGUUCGAAUGUCCAAUUUGUGGGCAGCCAUUUGGAUCAGAAGGAGAGGUUUCUAUACAUGUAGAAAGUUGUGUUGACAACAAUAAAAAUAGCAGUGCUUUAGUUGAUGGAGGGAAUGAAUAUAGUGGUAGUGGAUUGCAGGCUUGUGUUAGUGCCUAUAUAUCAGGGAAGCCGCGGGAGGGUUCUGCGGAAGUUGUGCUUAGAUUGUUUACAAAUAUUGUUAAGGAGCCGGAGAAUGCAAAAUUUAGGAAGAUUAGAAUGAGUAAUCCGAAGAUUAGGGAGGCGGUUAGUGAGGUUGCAGGAGCGGUUGAACUGUUGGAGUUUAUUGGGUUUGAGUUGAGGGAAGAGGUCGGAGAAAUGUGGGCGUUUAUGGAGGUUCCUGAUGAGGAGAGAGUUAGGUUGAUUAAUAAGGUCAUUAGGCUAUUAGAACCUAGAAAGAUAGAACGGCAAGUGGUGAAGGCAGAGGAUAAACCUUCUGUUGCUCCAGCUGGAACAGAAGAGCAGGUUGAGCCAAAGAAAAUUGAUAGGCAGAUCCAGGUAUUCUUUUCUGUCCCAGAAAGUGUAGCAGCAAAAAUUGAACUACCUGAUUCGUUUUACAAUCUGUCUCAAGAAGAAUUAAAACGGGAAGCCGAUGCCAGGAAGAAAAAAAUUGCAGAUUCUCAACUUCUGAUCCCUAAGUCUUACAAGGAAAAACAGGCACAAGCUGCCAGGAGGAGAUACAAAAGAACCCUCAUACGUAUCCAAUUUCCUGAUGGAGUAGUGCUUCAGGGUGUCUUUGCUCCAUGGGAGCCAACUAGUGCUCUUUAUGAGUUUGUGAGCACAUCACUAAAGGACCCCAGUUUGGAGUUUGAGUUGCUAGACCCCAUACUCAUCAAACGGCGGGUACUCCCUCAUUUUCCGAGUGGAGGGCAGAGAGCCUCAACCCUAGAGGAUGAGGAUUUGGUUCCUUCAGCUCUCAUCAAGUUCAGGCCUAAAGAAACAGAUUCCUCCGUCUUCACAGGGCUCUGCGAUGAGCUCCUUGAAAUUAGUGAACCGCUUAAUUGAUUCAGAAGUGUGGUGAUGGGUGAAUUUCAUCAAUAUCAACGCCUGUUUGCUUCAGGUAUAGAUUAGAAGUGAGCUAUCUAUUGGUGCAAGGUGUCGAUUCCACAUUUUUGCUCUUUCCAGUUUUACUCAUUAUAAAUUGUAUUUGUCUGAUAUGUUUUCUUCAAAUUUAUUGUAGCAAACAGAUUAUAGUUGUUAAGCUCUCCUUCGUGUAUUCAUCACGUGUUGCUGACAAGUGCCCAAAAAAUUACGUCUGUUGUACUAAUUCGAUUGCACAAUUAUCUUAAGUCUUACACAUUUUGGAAAUGUAAAAUUCUACCGGGAUUCAUGUGAUGGGUGGGUUGUACCCAUCUCUCAUCCUCCUUCAUCAGUCUCUAUUAUUUCAUCUCUUUGAGAAAAACUGAGCAAUUAAGCUCAAAUAAGGGGUCAAUGAGAAAUUAUUAUUGUUUGCGA